GCGCAAUUCUCCACACAUAACACAGUGACAGCAGUUUAAAGAUGGCGGAGUGCAUGGCAGCACGUUUGGCUUGCCAGGAGAAUAAGAUCCAGCGUCUCACCCAGGAGAUCAUUCAUCUGCGUGAUGGACUCAUCGGGGCUAAGAACGUCUCCAGCGCUCCGGUCGUUACGCCGGAGCUGGAGAGACUGCGAGGGGAGAACGAGAAGCUGAAGUACCGGCUGGUGCACCUCCGGAGAGGUCUGCAGGCGGAGCGGCAACUGGAGGCGGCGGGCAAGAAGCCGUUAGGAGGCCCCGUUACCCCCGGUACCUCCAGUACCUCCAAGGAAAACCAGAAACCCGAACCAAGCCGCCGCGCAAAGACCCAGGUGACCUCCUCUUCUUCCGAGGCAAUGCCAAGUGAAAAGGUGAAGAAGGAGAAGAAGCAGGACAAGGGCCAGGGUGCUGUAGGUCUGAAAGAGCUGAGCCCGUCGCCCGCCUUCAUCGCUGAGCGCCUGGCGAUGUACGAGCGGCUGAAGAAGGAGAGCGACACCCUGCUGGCCCGGCGUGCCGCCGAUGCCCACCCCAUCACCGUGGCGCUGCCGGACGGACGCAAGGUGGAGGGCGUGGCCUGGGCCAGCACCCCCUACCAGCUGGCCUGCGGGGUCAGUCAGGGCUUGGCGGACAACGCUGUGAUCUCCCGGGUCAACGGCGAGCUGUGGGACCUGGACCGCCCCCUGGAGGCGGACUGCUCCCUGGAGGUCCUGCGCUUCGACAGCCCAGACGCCCAGGCGGUGUAUUGGCACUCCAGUGCCCACAUCCUUGGGGAGGCCAUGGAGCGCUUCUACGGGGGCUGCCUCUGCUACGGACCCCCCAUCGAGAACGGCUUCUACUACGACAUGUUCAUGGACGGACAGGCGGGCGUGUCCAGCACAGAGUUCGGAGCGCUGGAGUCUCUCUGCAAGGCGGUGGUGAAGGACAAGCAGCCCUUUGAGAGGUUGGAGGUCAGCAAAGAGACGCUGCUGGAGAUGUUCAAGUACAACAAGUUCAAGUGUCGUAUCCUCAACGAGAAAGUGACCACGCCCACCACCACGGUCUACAGAUGUGGGCCACUGAUUGACCUAUGCAGAGGGCCCCAUGUCAGGCACACCGGCAAGAUCAAGGCCCUAAAGAUCUACAAGAACUCGGCCACGUACUGGGAGGGCCGCGCGGACAUGGAGACGCUCCAGAGGGUCUACGGCAUCUCCUUCCCUGACACCAAGAUGCUGAAGGAGUGGGAGGUCUUCCAGGAGGAGGCCCGGAACCGAGACCACCGCAAGAUCGGCAAGGACCAGGAGCUGUUCUUCUUCCACGACCUGAGUCCAGGGAGCUGUUUCUUCAUGCCCCGCGGGGCCUUCAUCUACAACACCCUCACCGAGUUCAUCAGGGAUGAAUACUGGAGGAGAGGCUUCCAGGAGGUGUCCUCGCCCAACAUCUACAACAGCAAGCUGUGGGAGACGUCGGGCCACUGGCAGCACUACAGCGACAACAUGUUCUCCUUCCCCGUGGAGGACGACGUCUUUGCCCUGAAGCCCAUGAACUGUCCCGGACACUGCCUGAUGUUCAACCACCGGCCCCGGUCCUGGCGGGAGCUGCCCUUGCGGCUGGCCGACUUCGGGGUGCUGCACCGCAACGAGCUGUCGGGGGCGCUCACCGGCCUCACCAGGGUGCGGCGCUUCCAGCAGGACGACGCCCACAUCUUCUGCACCAUGGAGCAGAUCGAGUCGGAGAUGAAGGGCUGCCUGGACUUCCUGCGCUGCGUCUACGACGUGUUCGGCUUCUCCUUCCAGCUGCACCUGUCCACGCGGCCCGAGAAGUACCUGGGGGACGUCGCCGUGUGGAACCAGGCCGAGAAGCAACUGGAGAACAGCCUGAAUGAGUUUGGAGAGCCGUGGAAACUCAACCCAGGGGACGGGGCCUUCUACGGACCCAAGAUCGACAUCCAGAUCAAGGAUGCGAUUGGCCGCUACCACCAGUGCGCCACCAUCCAGCUGGACUUCCAGCUGCCAAUCCGCUUCAACCUGAACUUUGUGGGGAAGGACGGCGAGGACAAGGCCCGGCCGGUCAUCAUCCACCGAGCCAUCCUGGGGUCCGUGGAGAGGAUGAUCGCCAUCCUCACUGAGAACUACGCAGGGAAAUGGCCGCUGUGGCUGUCCCCGCGCCAGGUGAUGUUCGUGCCUGUCAACCCGACCUGUGAGGACUACGCCAAGAAGACUUGUAAGCAGUUUGUUGAAGCAGGCUUCAUGGCGGAAGCUGACUUGGACUCCAGUUGCCUUCUAAACAAGAAGAUCCGCAAUGCCCAGUUGGCCCAGUACAACUUUAUACUGGUGGUCGGGGAGAAGGAGAAGAUGACUAACAGCGUCAACGUACGGACGAGGGACAACAGGGUCCACGGAGAGCUGCCGCUGAGCGAGGUGCUGGCCCGCCUCACACUGCUGAAGCAGGCGCGCUGCCGCAACGCAGAGGAGGAGUUCUGAGGGACGGCCGCCGUCAACCGCCUCGACUGGCCCUCGCGCACGAGGGAUGAAGGCCUCGGAGUCACCGGGAAUGCAGUCAGGAGAAGAGUUGGGAAGGGAAUAUCAAACAGGAUGGCAAAGGGAAAGUGUACUCUAGUAAUGAGGGAAAGGGAUUAGAGGGACGUGAAUGAAAGGGGGUUUGAUUCCAAAGGCAGUUUGGCAUGUGAUGGUGUGAUUGGUUAGAGCAGCAGCUUGUGGUCAGUUAGUUUGUUUUUGUUUUUUAUUCAUGGUAUUUUAACAUCAAAUCUUUUUGAAUUAAAUAACUAAAUCUGUAGCACAUUUGAGUUAAUACACUAGAAUGCUUUGUUAAGGCAGGAGAAGGUGACAAUGAUUGUUAUAGUAUAGCAGUGACUGAGCCACCCUGCAUCAUUAAUGAACAUAGAAUGAGAUUAAACCUGUUUCUGGUGUUCUGUUGACGAUGAGUCACUGAAUUGAAUAAAGAUAUUCAGAUACUGGAA